UAAUAGCCAACCAUCCCCAGUUGUGUGGCCAGUCAUUAAAAUGUGAUAACGUCAUGAACCCAGAGUCACAGAGCAGACACUCUGAAAAAGAACUGCACAUCAGAUGAAACGUCACAAUUAAAAGAGAACUUCUUGGAGCUUCGCUCCCGAUACUGUCUCAUUGUGAGACAAAGCUACAUACGUUGAAGACCAAUGCCAAUGAAGGGAAAGAGGAGAGUUGUGAUCGCUGCGCUCCUGUUGCUGUGCGCUCUUUGUGACGGAGACGAGUUGCAGCUUCAGCGAGACGCACCUCGAGUGCAAUGUGUCACCACAAGUCUGACGGGGGUGUGGUGUACUCUGUCUGAAGCCCAUCUGAAUGGUUCUGGUCCUACCAGACUAGAGGUCCCUGCUGGGCAGAGCCUUCAUGUCACCAUGCAGAGCCUCCCAGGAGACCCUGUCUGCAGCUGGAGCCGUGGACCUGACCCAAUAAGAGGGGGCUAUUCUAUGGCCAUACCACAGACGUCUGUGAGUGAUUCUGGAGAGUACACCUUCGGCUGUGUGAAUUGUGGCAUCAUCUCCUCCCUGACACUCUCUCUACUUGUUGGGCCUCCACUGAGACGUCCCUCAAAGCCACAUCUGAAAUACAUCCCUGGGAGAAGAGGCUUUCUACCUAACUUCCAGUGUUCUUCAGAGGGAAAUCCCAAGCCAGAAAUCACAUGGUUCAAUAACCUUGACAAGACUGGACAAUGUAGUCAUGGGAAUGAGACAUCUAAGGACUCCGAGAGGUCCAACAACACAGUGGGAAGUAAACCAUACUACAAGACAACAGUUAUGUGCUGUGCUAGUAACUCCAAAGGAGAAGAGUGUUCUCAGCUUUAUGACUAUGACUUGGACCGCAGCCGUAGUGUGGAUGAUGAUAAUGAAGCUCCAGAGAUCACUCUGAGCCCGGGUCAGCCCCUGCUGCUGCGCUGUAGGGAGAGAGAGAACAGCACCACAAAGUGGCAGACUGAUAUACAGGAACAGGUGUCCAUAUAUAAACUAUCCUAUAAAGGAAUAGAUGUGACCUACCUGUUCUGUGCGUCGGUGAGAGUGAACCACAGUGGCAUCUACACCUGCCAUAGCAACAAGAACAAGUUCAAGUCCAUCCACAUCCGGGUCCUGGAGAAGGGCUUCAUUUCCAUCGACCAGCUGAAUGAGAGCAGUACCAUCUCAGCCCAGGAGAGGCCAGGGUUCUGUCUGCGGGCCCUGGUUUCCUCACACCCUCUCCUACGCUGCCAUUGGCUGGGCCCGGGUGGUGUACAGACCCAGUGCCCUGAACCCACACGGCUGUGGAAGAACAGGACUCUGGAGCUAUGUAACCCUGAGCCAGGAGAGUACCAGUUACACCUGGAGACUGGGGUGCUGAACCUCACAAAGACCCUCUCUCUGUGUGUGGCAAGUACGCCCACCCCCAGUCUCUUCCAGGAAGAAGACUACAUCACCUGUAAGACCAACAGCCCCCUCCCAUUCAACCUCACCUGGAGGUUCUGCUCUCUGUCCAAUGACAGCUGCCAGUCAGAGUCUGCAGCCUGGAAGGAGAUCCCUGCCCCUCCCCCAGAGCUCUGUGACUCAGACCAGUUCUGCCAUAAGAAGGUCCUCAGCUCUCUGGACAGGGUCGAGGUGGGGAACCAGUUUGUCAAGUGCUGCAUUGCAAACUCUGCCCACUCACAGUCACACUGCAGCGAGCCACUGUUCAAUGCAGGAAUGGUCUUUCCGCAGCAGCGUACGUUCAAACAACCCUCCAACUCCUCUCAACUCCUGAGUGUGUCCAGUCUGGUUCUGUUCCUGACAUUGAUGCUGGUCAUCGUGGCACUGCUCUACUUCCUCAGGAACAAGAAACCCCAGUACCAGAGCCAGCUGCAGGUGAUUCAGAUGACGGGGUCUAAUGACAACGACUACAUCUACAUCAACUUCAAAGACUUCCAGUACGACCAGAAAUGGGAGUUCCCCAGAGAGAACCUGGAGCUGGGGAAGGAGCUGGGCUCUGGUGCUUUUGGCAUGGUGCUUCAGGCUACAGCCCACGGCAUCAGCAAGCCAGGGGUCUCCCUGCAGGUGGCUGUCAAGAUGCUGAAAGAAGAGCAUGAAACAGUGGAGAAAGAGGCUCUGAUGUCAGAGCUGAAGAUGCUGACUCACAUCGGACAGCAUGCAAACAUCGUCAACCUGCUGGGGGCGUGCACUGGCUCAGGGCCAACGUACCUGAUCUUCCAGUACUGCCGUAAUGGGGACCUGCUGAACUACCUGAAGAACAACAGAGAACUGUACCACAAGUCUCUGACCGAGGCCUUCACCAGGGACCGCUUCAGCAGCCUUUACCACAACCUGCCCAAGAGGAGCUCCACUGGAGGGCAAGAGAGCAUCGCCCUCCUCAGCCUCAACUCCUCUCCCAUGGACACCUCUGAUGGUCCAGGGAUCUAUGAGAAGCAGGAGGAGGAGGAGGAGGCACUGACCUAUGACGACCUGCUCAGCUUUUCCUACCAGGUGGCCAAAGGCAUGGACUUCCUGUCCUCUAAGCACUGUAUCCAUCGGGACCUUGCGGCCAGGAACGUGUUGGUGUCUCAGGGUGGACUAGUAAAGAUCGGAGACUUUGGACUGGCCCGGGAUAUCCACAACGACUCCAACUACGUAGUGAGAGGAAAUGUGCGUCUGCCAGUGAAGUGGAUGGCUCCAGAGAGUAUCUUCCAGGGGAUAUACACCAUGCAGAGCGAUGUCUGGGCCUAUGGUAUCCUGCUGUGGGAGGUCUUCUCUCUGGGUUUGACCCCCUACCUGGGGAUAAAGGUGGACAACAACUUCUAUGUGAUGAUAGAGAGAGGUUUUAAGAUGGAGAAGCCGUACUAUGCCAGUGAAUCUGUGUAUAAGAUGAUGUGCAAGUGCUGGGCACUGGAGCCUCGGGACCGCCCUCACUUCGCCAAGCUGGUGGCCUUUAUGGGCGACCAACUGGCCGACAUUGAGGAGAAGCUCUACUGUAACAUCCUGGACAAGAGCUCCAAUGACUCCUUAUACCAGAAUGCACCAGUGAAUUCUGACCUCUCUGCCUUGGCCAAAGAAAAGGAGGUUCUUUUGACACAGUCACAGAACCAACACAGCAAGAUUCAUUCCACUGGAGAGGCCCCUACAACCAAAACAACACCCUCUGACAUGGAUGCCAUGGAGGCUGAUGAUGAUACACCUCUGUAACCAUAUCAGUGAGCGCAGGGGCCAAUCUAUCCUUCUAAUUAUUCUAUUCCAUACAAUAUAUUCAGGGUUGGGGAGUAAUGGAUUACAUGUAAGGGAUUACAAAAAAUGGUAACUGCUAUCCGUAACAGUGUCACGCCCUGACCAGGUGAACUCUUCUAUUUUGGUCAGGGUGUGGCAUUUCUAUAGUUUAUUUUCUAUGUUUUUGGUAUAGCCUUGCUUUGGGGCGUAUUUCUAUGUUGGGUUCUGUCGAUUCCCAAUCAGAGACAGCUGUCACUAGUUGCCUCUGAUUGGGGAAUCAUAUUUAAGUUCCUUUUCCCCCCACGAUGUUUGUGGGUUGUUGUCUCUUUUUGUUGGAGCAGUAGCGAUACGUUUAUUCUCUGUUUUGACCGUGUUAUUUCAGUCUGUAAUAAAUAACAUGAGUUCGCUCCCAGCUGCGCCUUGGUCCACUUCUUCCUUCCUGCACGACGAUCGUUACAAACAGCAAAUAUAUUGUAAUCGGAUUACAUAUUGUUUUGAAAAACUAGAUGAUUACUUUGAGGAUUACUUUUAAAUUCAGAAAGGAUGUUUUCUCAAUGACAUUCAAAUCAGCAUUGAAAAAAGGCGCAAGUUUAUGUUUCUUUCACCUGAGCGAGUCUGACCACAAGUCAGAGACCACUAUGAUGACACACAAAAUGUGUUUGAUGGAUCGAGGGAAAAGAGCAAGAAUUGGCUUUUGUAGGCUACAGUCCAAGCUAUGUCUUCCAAUGGUACGACUGCUGUCGGCAUCCAAAGAUUAUCCAACUUGAAUAAACACUUGGAGGUAAGGAUGACAUCAGUGGUGUAGUCUACGGCGAUACCGAUAUCACUUAUUAUUGAUAUACACAUAGCGCAUUGAUGUGGAUCACACUGUUGCUCUCUCGUUUAGCUAUUUGUGCUUUACGGAUUGUGGUUGUUGUGGAUGGCUGUUCACAAAUCUAAAUGUAUUUUUGAACCCAAUAAUGGAAGUUCAAGAAGUUUAAGCUGCCUAUCAAUCAUUGUUUUUGAAACCAGUGGACAGCCAGUGAAAAAUGUGCUCUUGCAACAGCUGCAUAGUGAGGAUCCCAGCCUAUGGAAUAAAAGUAGGGUUUUUAUUACUCAAUCUAAUUCAUGCUGAUAAAACAAUACAUCCAUAGACCUAAUGGAUACAUGCUCAAACUCACACACUUUUGAUAGACUUAAAGGGCAAUCUGUAGUUGCUGCAUCCAUUUUAUAAAUUCUAUAUAUUAAUGUAAAUAUAUCAUUUAAUCAUAUUAUUAUAUGUAGUAGAAAGUGAUGGGUUAGAAGAAGACUGCAUAACCAACACAUAAAGUGAAAUUGAACAUCCAUGUAUGGCCAGCUACGUAAACUUUAACAUUGAUUUAUACUGCAAUAGAUGUUAUUAAAUUGGUAACAUACAUUUUUGUAUUUUUCUAAUGCCUCUUAAGGGGAAAGUAAUCUAAAAGUAACUGAAUGUAAUCAGAUUACGUUAAUGAGUUUGGGUAAUCCACAAGUUACGCUACUGACUACAAUUUUGGAGAGGUAACUGUAACAGAUUACAUUUUGAAAGUAAUCUACCCAACCCUGACAUACUCUGUUUAAGAUCUCACAUUAUAUUGUGGCACUGGCAGUCUAUAUUUAUAUAUUGCUGUGGAUUUUAAAUGCACUGAAUACUUGCUUUUUCCAAAUAUGUUUAACAAUGAAUAUGUCAAUUAAAGUGUUUGUAUCAAAUGCUCGCUCUUUCACUGUAGAAAUUGAUAAAUAAAUAUUUUACAUUGAAACAUAGUAAUGAAUGUAGCAUUUAAUACAUUUUACUACCAAGUGUUGGGCUGAGAUAACCUCUUCUUGCACACAUUAUAUUGAAUUUACUGUGUGAAACUAACGCAAUAUUAGUCGUAUUUUUACUGCUUUUGGAUAAGAGUUAUUUCAGCUAUUUUAAUUUAGAGCCAGGUUCCGGGGACUGCUGGAUUAUUCUGUCAGUGUUUUUUCCGUGUGAAGUUGCUUACUUUAUCUUCAUGUUUGUCCAUUUGAGUUCUCGAAAUUAUUCUUACAUUUGAAAUAAAGUAUUUA